AUGCGAAUUUAUUAUAAAAUUUUCCUCGAUAACGAGCAUUAUAAAGUACACCGACAAGACCAAAAUAACAUAACAUACAAAAAGUCAGAACUUAGUUUAACAAGCCUAACGUUGCAUCGCAAGAGUUAAAUCGUUUUAAAUAAAAAUGAAAUUAUAUUGUUUAUUUUUAUCAUUUUUCAUUGUAAAUGUUUUGGCAGUCACCGAAACUGACUUAAAGAAGCAAGUAUACAUUUCAAACUUCUUAUUCCAAUCAAUACAAAUAUUCGGAGAUUCUGUAGACAAAGUGGUCGAAACUUUAAUAUGUUCAAAUAGUUCCAUUAAGUCGUUGGCAUUAAUGUUGGCUGCACCAGAAAACAUAGAAUACAAUGACACGAACGAUCUGCAACAGUUGAUAAACAACGAGAUGCACAUGCAGGGCAGAAUUAGAUUAGCAAAAUAUGACUUGUUUAGCUAUCUUACAGGAACCGAAGAGGUUAAUACCGCGGGCAUAGAUUUUAGUAACAAGAGUUUGGUAGUUUUGGGGAUAACUAGAAGAAGUAUAACUUACCCGUCUCUGAAACGUUUACUGCACAGAGUCGAAAGAGGACUUGUAACUCGGUUCAAUUCACAGCAGACAUGUGAUUUAUUAGCGUUGUUGCAAACUGCAUCAGACCCAAGAUAUCGCAUACAUUUUACCAAUAGCGUUAUAGUCGACGAGAACCGCGAUUGUCAUCUUAUUGGAGCUUUCGACAAUGUUGCCAUUUACAGAAAGUUUGACGACGGAUUUUAUAGAAUAGACGGUCGUGAUUUUCAUCAAUAUGUCAAACUUACGAAUGAGAUAUCAUAACGAAACCUACAUAAUUGUAGACGUUUUCGACGUAAAAACUUUACAUGCAAAAGUAUAGUAUCGAUGUCACUUUAUGUACCGGAUAUAAGAUCUGAUCUACUUCAUAAAUCAUAAUAAACGACUUUUCUCUAUUCAAAUACAAUGUUUCCUUUAGUC